GGUACUGGGGUGCCCGCGGGGAGGGUGCCCGCCCGGCUGCGGCCCGCGCCCGCGUCUCCUCCUGUAGGGCCGCGCUGCUGGGCGGGACAGUGGCUCUCUGCGGCGCCGAGCCGUGGCUGUCUGCGGGGCGCCUGCGACCUUCAGCCGCGGCGUCGUUCCCUUCCGAGCACCGGGCGCCGCCGCGUCGCUCCCCCUGGCCGGACGCGAGCUGAGGACAAGCAACCAUGGCUGGCCAUGACUCUGGAUCUCAACACCAGUUCACUGGAUUUCAGAAGUACUUCAAUUCCUAUACCAUCACAGGCAGGAGGAAUUAUGUAAUAGCAACAUACACCGGUGUUGCAAUGCUCAUCUUGUACUUCAAGCUUAGACCUAAAAAGAAAACUCCUGCUGUGGCAGAUAAAUAAAUGGUUGCUGGCAUGUCUGAACCUCCCACCUGUGUCAGUGUAAUGCAAGCUGAUGACUUUUUGUGGCUAAUAAAAUAUAAAUAAUUACUUGUUUUGUUGGAAAUAUGAAAUGGUGCAAAAAAAGCAUAAA